AUGCCCGGCCCGGCAGCUGCUGCAGCUACGAUGCUGCGGCGGCAGUUCCGCUUCCCCCUGUCGCUGGGAACAGACAUCUGCAACAUCCCUAGGAUCCGUAGGAUCCUCGACGGGCCGCAGCGCGAUCGAUUCAUCCGACGCGUCCUCUUACCAGAAGAGCGAGGCCGUGUGUACAACUACCUGAACACCACCACCCCGGGCCAGGCUCCAUCGCAAGCCGCGGCGAAGGGCUCGGACGUGGAGCUCGGACGCCGAAAGGCCGCCGAGUUCAUGGCUGGCCGAUUUGCCGCCAAAGAAGCCGUCAUCAAGGCGCACCCUCACCUGCGCAUCUCGUUUGAAGACAUCACCAUCGUGUCCAGGCAGCCGGACCACCAUCCCAGGGGCGUGGGAGAUGCGGCCGUGGUGAACGCCUCCGGCGGAGGGCCGCCCGUGGCUCUGAUCCGCCACGCCGAGGACGGGCGCGAGGUCGUGCAGGAGGCCCUGCUCAGCAUCAGCCACGACGCCGACUACUCGACCGCCGUCUGCAUGGGCAUGACGGCCGGGGGGUGGAUAGGGGGGGAAAACUGA